CGGUCGACAACUUAGCGGAAGUCGUACCACGAUGAUUAAAAAUGGCCGCUGUUGUUGCCGGACUAGGACAGCAUUACAAUAGUCGCAAAUCUAGAUCUUUCUUUUUAUAGUAACUCGCAUGUCAUCUUUUCGACAUUGCCCAGGAAAAGUAAUUUUAAUGUUACCAGUUUCAUCUUCACUCAUCGACUUUAUAAUUGCUGAACUCAAGCUGUACUCCACUAACAUAAGUCCUGAGUGAAACCUCUUCCAUAUGGCCUCACAACAACGGCAUUUGGUUCUGCGCUAGGGUCUUGGCACAAAAACAUGGAGCAAGAGUCCUUCACUUCAGCCACUAUUUUUGCCUGGCAUAAUGGUCUGCGUAUUGUUGAUCUUGGACAGCUGGCCAGACAGAUGCACUGCACACAGUGCAGUUCACUUCUGGACUUGAAUUGCAUUGAGAAGGAAGAACAGUUUGGACUUGCAAGCAUUCUCUAUAUUCUCUGCAGAUGUGGCACUGUCAAUGACAUUUACAGCGGGAAAAAUGAGAUGACAGAUAAUGGGCGAUUGUUUGAAAUAAAUAUUAAGGCCUCAAUGAGUAUGCUGCAGAGUGGCAACAAUGUUCAUCAUAUUCUAAACUUUCUAGCUUUGCUGGACAUACCAGCUUCAUCGAUAUCCAACGUGACUCCAAAGUCUUCCAUUGCACAUGAGGAUACAUUAAUGUCGGAAUCCCAUAUAAAACCCCACCCAUACAUAACAUCACCACUUACAUCAUCUGCUGACAUUUUGUCACACACACCCACCAGUAAGCUCUCAGACUUACAAACAUCUACUUUUUCGCAGUCAUGUGUGCAAGGGGAACAAGCCUUGUCAUCAUCUUUGAUUCUUAGCUCUGUGCAGCUGACGUUCUCAAGAAAAGGCGGUUCUCUGAGAUGCUUGCCAGAGGUAGAAAAGAUGAAGAAACAGGAGGAAGAUGUAAGCAAACCUGACUAUCAGCCACAGUUAGUAAAGAAAUGUGAACAUUCACCAGAUAAAAUACCCCUUACACCACUAUCAGAUGAAGACACUAAGAAGCUAGUCCCAAAGAAGCUAUACCAGUGCCCAAUCUGUCCAAAAGUCGUCCCAAGUUCGAGGGGAUUUCUGAUUCAUAUGGCCAGACUACAUAAGGAACAGAACAUAUUACCUGAUGAAUAUGCUGUAAAACCUAGAGAUGCAACCUUUGAUUUAGAGGAUUCUAUUUGUAAAAUCAGUGGAACAUCAGCAGUCAGUCCUACUCUCACUGUCAACAACAGCAGACUAGAUGAAUCAUUAGAUGAACGACUAAGGACCAGCUUUCCUGAUAGCAAAGUUCAACCUUCUGAAGGGGAAGGGGACACAACUAGAAAAAAGCCUAGAGUAUCUGGAAACAGGACAAGGGCAGAAUCUGUGUCCAAAGUUCAAACAUAUGGCUUUUUCAAGGUACUGGCUUCUGAUGCGUCUCAAGAAAGUUCAAAGGGUACAGAUGCUACAAGAAAGGAGCCAAAAGUCAACAAACUCAUUUGUAGAGUAAAAGACUGCAACAAGCAGUUUACCACAAAAGACCUGUACAACAAGCAUCUACAGAAAGAACAUGAUAUAAGUGAUCCUCAUGAAUGUAGCCAAUGUUUGCAAGUAUUUAAUUCUAAAAUCUCUGUUAAAAAGCACAUAUCAAGACAACAUACCACUGCAGAAAGCAAACAAAUCACAUGCAAAUAUUGUGGAGAAGUACUAGUCAAUGCAUCCAGAUUAAAAAAGCACAUCAGUGCUUUUCAUCCUAAAGGUUUGAAGAAAACAUUCACAUGUGAGGUUUGUGCAGCCAAGUUUACUCAAAAGAGUGCCUUGAAAAUACACAUGCAUAAACACACAGGAGAAAGACCAUACAAAUGCUACUAUUGUGAAAUGUCCUUUUAUAAUAGCGGCUUACGCGUCUCACAUGUGAAGUAUAUCCACACAAAGGAGAGGCCAUUCCUCUGUGAUACUUGUGGUGCCAGCUUUUUCAGGGCUUGCAAUUUGCGGGACCAUGAGAGGGUGCAUACUGGAGAGAGACCUUUCCAGUGUCAUGUAUGUGCUGAAAGAUUUAUGAAGAGGGAAUACCUGACUAUUCAUGUGAGACGCCACACUGGUGAGAGGCCAUACAAAUGCACAGAGUGCAGUGCGGCCUACUCUCAAAGAAUAAGCCUUAGUCUGCACCGAAGAAAAAAGCAUGGUGCACAAAAACAGGAGAGAAAGUCUUGUAAGUUGAACACCAUCCCUGAUGGCAAUGCAUCAGGACAGCUGGUGCAGCCAACUGGUGUAGAGUGAUUUCUUUUUGUUGAAUAAUGCCUCACAUAUUGGCAAAGAACUUAAAUAAUCUGGUUUGCAAAGUAAAUGACUGGAACAAGCAGUUUAAUGACAUGAGGUAAUUUUAUCUAAAUAUCCUGCUUUUUCAUUAAUUUGCCAGAAAGUGUGUACAUUGUUAUCUGUAAGUCAGGUAAGUUAUCUCUUGUCUUGAUGAAAAAUGUAUUUUUAAUAUUUUUUUAAAAAUACAUGCUUAAAAGAAUAACAUUGUUUUAGAACUGUUUGUGAUUCCAUUACACUUCGAUAUUGAUAAGACACCAGUAAUGGCUCCCUCUUACUCAAAUCAUGUGCUACCUCAGUUCCACCCAGAUGCUGAUUAAAACCUGGAUGCAGAUUAGUCAGUACUAGCUGGAUGGUUAACAGAGCAUUCAGCUUUUUUAAAAAGUUGAGCUAAUUGUUUGGCUUUGCAUUAAGUCAGCCAACUUGUGCCUUAUGACACAUUUCAUCUGGUUCUGUGGGAAAGUUUCUGAUGACUUGUGUCUAUCAGCAUUUAACCCAGAUUAUGAAAUAGAGAAGGAGGUGAGAUAUACUAUAUAUUGUAAGCAUUUAAAGACUAAAUGUUACAUCUUUUUAUAAUACAACUUAUUGAUCCCCAGGGGCAAUUCAGAAAUGUUAGUACAUUUUAUGACUUAUAUAAAGGUAUUACUGGGCAGGUAGGAACCAAUUCACAUUUGCUAAAAUUGCUUUACACUAAUAUCUACAGAAGAAUUCACUUUCAUAAAAAAAAACAAGAACUGUAUGGACAUAUCUUGAUUCAGACUGUUACCGUUUGUCUUUAAGCACAGACUGCCUGAUCCAUUUGUCUCCUUGUGAUAUUUAGGGAAUGGUUGUACAUGUACAUUGACUAUGGAAAGGUAAUUUGGCACAUUUUUAAACGUCAAAUAGUAAUCAUUUGUCUACUUGGUGUAUCAUUAGCCUGGGAAAGAUGCAACUGGUAGAGUGUAUAGCAAAAAGCAUUCAUAAUUCUAACAGAUACUCUGGAGCAGUCUUUAAAAGUUGCAGUUUUUUAUAGUUCAUGUGUUAUUUGUUUUCCUGUCCCUCGCAUGCUGUCCAUGUUUCGUUCUUGUUCUGAAGCGUUAAGGGCAUGCUCCUUAAGAGUGUGAGUAUGCGCUUUACAAAUUUUGCAUUUAUUAUUAUUAUUUAGCAUUUCACAUAUUACAAUCUGCAUUUCAAUAGAGAUAGUGUGGAGGGUUACAUUCCCAUCUUUGGGGGAGUGAGGGUUGCAUGUAUAUGCUUUGUGAUUGUUCAGGAGGGAGGGAGGGGGCAGCAAUGAGUAGAGACAGGGAGAUUUAAUGGUUGUAUGAAGUGAGCUUUCUCAUUACAAGCACUGUAUAUCUUUAUAAAUUAUUGCUGAUUUCUAAUUAAAGUAAAAGUGUUUGCCUUAAC